ACUAAGGAAGAGAUGAAGAAACAUGAAGAAGAGAUGAAGAGCAACGAGGACUUCACUGUGGAAGUGGAUGAGCCAUACAAAGUUAAAGAAUCUAUCAAAGGAGGGACGUGGGGGUUGGGGUUUUAUGAAGGAGCUGUCUGCUGUAAAGUCUGUCAGGAGAACUGUCACUACCCUAAAUGUACAGUGGCCUGGUCUCCCGAAGGCUGUGAGGUCAUGAAAAAAGGCAACUGCACUGUUUGUACUAAGAAAUGUCCUGCGUCUGACCACGUGAAAGAGCAGAAGAAGUACGUGACCAAGACCAAGAAAGUUAAGAAGACCCUUCAGGAACUGAAAGAGAAAUACGAAAAGAAAAAAGCAGACUGUGAGAAGACAAGAGCCCGUUUGGCAGAUCUUGAGAAGGUGAAAACAACCCAGGGAGAUGUAGAAGAGAAGUAUGAAAGAAGUAAAGCAGACUGUGAGGAGACGUUCGGCCUCCUGGUUGAUCUGGAGAAACGUAUGAAAGAGCUUCAGAAAGACAAAGAUCAGUGGUUGGACACGGCCUUCCAGCAUGUUGAAAAGCUGGAGCAGAUCGCUCUGAAUGCAGACUCCCUGUCCACUCUGGUCCACCUGGACUACCUGAUUCAGAAGAUGAAGGAGAGAGGAGACACAGAGAAGGUCCAGAAACUGGAGGAGAUGAAGAGACGAGUGGAUGAAGGAAAAAAAAAAGGAAUGGGGUACAUGGUCGGCAGAAUGGUGACAGCUGGUAAAUCACUUUUAGGAUGGAAAAAAUAAGUGAACAAGAUGAUUGAGAGCAGACACCUGU